AAGAGCGCGCGUGUGAUGUGUCUGUUUAUCCUCAGUGUUUUUCUCUCUUGCGUGUUUCAUUUCAUAUUUAAGUGUUGAGACGUUGAUGUUGUGCUGUAAAUCAGUAGGAACUGAUUUGUCCAUGCUGGAUAUAUUGAUGAUUUCAUCGCAGAAAUCUCUCAGCUGAAGAAGGAGACAAAGCUGAGGUCAAGAGAGAUUUAGCAAUGAAUCGAGAGGAUGUGGAUUGUUGUGAAUCUUCAGUGUAUGUGAGUGAUGAUGGGAGUCUGGAUUCAGUGUGGAUGAGCAGAGAUCAGAGCCGCACACCACAGCCACUGCUGGACUCUAAACUCUCUGAAGAGAAAUCCAGACACACACAGGACUCCGAGCUCAGUCUGACUUUACUCUGUUAUACUGAGUCAAAGCCCACAGACACUCAGGACACUACAGUGUGUGACAGUAAACAGAGCUUACAGGAGGAUCAAACCUCCACAGAGUCUCUGGAUUCUGUCUGUAACGCUGGAGAACAGCAGCAGAUCCUGCAGACCAAACUGAAGAUGUGUUCAGUUAAACUCAUCGACUGCACGAACCUCAUGAUGAAGAUUAAAACUGAACCCACAGAAAUGAAAACUGAACCCACAGAAAUGAAAACUGAACCCACAGAAAUCAAAACUGCACCCACAGAAAUCAAAACUGAACCCACAGAGGAAGAUCGCACUGAGGAAGAAGAUGAUUUUAUUCCAUCAGAUGUGAAAAGUGAUUCAUGUUUGGAUAUAGAAAUAUCGUCUUCAACAUCAAAAGAGCGACUGACAGCACAAACUCUUUCCUGCAUCACCUGUGGAAAGACAUUCAGCUCACAGAGACAUUUAGAGAGACAUGAGAGAAAACACACAGAACAGAAACUCUUCACCAGAUCUGAGAUCAGCUUUACUACCUUACAAGAGAAGAAACUUCAUUCAGAAGACCACAGAGAGAAGAAGAAGUUUCACUGUGAGCAGUGUGGGAGGAUUUGUGUCUCUUCCUCUAAUCUAAAUAUUCACAUGAGGACACACAGUGGUGAAAAGCCUUUCAACUGCACUGAAUGCGGAAAUAACUUCAGAACCAAAGACCAUCUUAAGGUUCAUCAGAGAGUUCAUACUGGAGAGAAACCUUACGUCUGUGCUCACUGUGGAAAGAGCUUCUCUAGGUCAUCUCAUUUAAGAGUUCAUCUGAGAGUUCAUACUGGAGAGAAACCUCAUCACUGUAGUGUCUGUGGGAAGAGUUUUAGUCUAAAGCAAAACUUACUAUAUCACAAGAGACUUCACACAGGUGAAAAAACUUUCAAAUGCUCUCAGUGUGACAAGACGUUUGCUCAGUUAGGUUCCUUACAAGCCCAUCAGAGAGUUCAUACUGGAGAGAAACCUUAUCACUGUAGUGUCUGUGGGAACAGUUUUAGUGUAAAGUCUUCAUUACUAAAGCACAAGAGAAUUCAUACAGGUGAAAAACCUUACAAAUGCUCUCAGUGUGACAAGACUUUUUCUCGGUCAGAUCAAUUGAAAGUCCAUCAGAGAGUUCAUACAGGAGAGAAAGCUUAACACUGUAAU